AGAAGCCGUUCGCUCUUUCUCGGCCACCGCAGACAAGAAGCGCCUCUCUCAAUUCUCCCAUCAAUUCUCCCAUCUUCCUCCCCCAGUUGAGAUCACAAGAUCCUCCGCCCAUCAAAUAGAUAGAAGGUCCAGAUGAAAAUAAGAAUGGAUGAGUAGCUGUAGCGUACUUCAACCAUUGAAGAAAUCAAAAAAAAUUUUGAUUGAUAUGAGAGAUCAUCAAGAAGAUAACGAUUGCUUCACGUAAUCCAGAUGAAGUUCUUCAUCCAGGCUGCCCCUUCUUGUUGUUCUUCGAUCAUGUACAUCAUGAAUUACCCUCUUGCAUAGAAUUGUCGUAGAUUUGCAGUCAAAACCACUCUAAAAAUUCAAUUCACAAUUUCACAAAUUCCUCGGUAUAGCAACGUACAAAUUGAUUGUAAAUCCAUGACCGAGCUGUCCCAUUUGCAUCUGGACCGUUGCAACUAGAGUUCUUGCUGCAUCAUGAAUAGUCGAUGUCUGUUGAUCGCUCAACACCGCGUCGAGUCAAUACGAAUCCAGUUUGGUGGCUGCGACAGCUAUUGGUAGCCCUAUUCUACCUCCUGACCGACGCUUUGGCUUUCCUUUGGUAUCAUUUGACGGUUUUGAAGAAAGACCAAGAAGUAGAGGACUUCUACGCUCUUCAUUCAGAAGAUCCUCAUCGAGCACUUCAACAGAGACCACUUCACGACGGCAACGUUGGAAAUAGGGGAUCAAGGAGAAGCUCUUCUAAGAAUAUCUCCAAUCAAGAAGCUCUUCUAAGAAGAUCAAGUAGACCACCGCCAAUCAAAAACAACAGUUUUUUCUUCUUUGCGACGAAAUCGAAAAUCAUGUCAGCGAUGACAGGCGAUGACUACGGCGGCGGCGGGCAAGGUGGGUCAACUAGCGACUCUGGAUCUGGCAGCGAUCACUCUCAAGUAGAAGACAGAACGCAUUGCUCAGGCCUACGCCUAUCGUCAGAACAAUAUGCAGACGUAGACAAAGACAGCACUACUGCGACCGCGGCUGCCGAAUCAGCACCAUCGGCGUCAUCGAGCUCGACAGCAAAGAAACCUAAGUACUUCUAGAUGGCAUGUUCUUUGGGUCUUUGUUGCACGACGAGCACGAUUUUCUUAUUCAUAAAUAUGAAGAUCAUGUUCACUUAUUUCUUAAUAAAUCGCAUGAAAACUACCAAGCUUGUCCUUGUCUACCCGGUGAACUACAUUAAAUCAGGUACACAGUCCCCUGUCAGUUUCCGCAAGUUUCUUUCAAGCAUAGACGCACUGCGAAUCGAAUAUGGUACGUGAAAAAGAAGCAUAGGACCGAGAUCAGUGCCGACUCUUGGGAUGCGCAAAACCACUUCGGCAAGAAAACAGUCGAAAAACUGCAUACGUGGGAUAGGCAUUGGGGACGUAACUCACGAGGUAUAACGAGAGUCCAUAGGAAGGACAUCACGCCAGAGCAGUUGUAUGAACGAUUUAUGCUACCGGGACUGCCAGUCAUCGUGCAAGGAUGCAUGGACGGCUGGCCAGCGAUGGAAAAGUACUUGCUAUUCAUUGCCUGAAGUAGACCAAAUCAAUGAAGUUAAUCAAAAUUUUCACUCGAAUCUAAAGUACGUAACGAUAAUGAAGAAACACUUCAAAUUUGCAGCUACUAGGAGAUUCAUUACUUGAAAUGUGCUUUGGGUUUGGUUUCGAGACAACAAGAAUUCGAGUUUCAAACUCGAAUUCUCGAAAAAAUGGUUUUUUAUCGCUUUCAUUUUAAAUUCAUUUUCUGAUCGAAAGCUUUUCUGCUGAUAAGAAUUUGACCUCAAUCUUGUUUGUUGUCUACCACUUGUGGAAAUAUGUUGCUAUCAAGUGAGCUUUUGCUAGUGUAUUGCUAGUAGAGGCUCACUUGAAGUUGAAAUAUUUUCUAGAAGUACUUGCUAUUUGGACUUGGAGUAUCUUUUGUUCUACGUAUCAAUCUUCGAAUUUCAAUGGUUCCUGAAAAUCACUCAACGUCUCAUACUUACUGUUACCUUACUUUCUACAAGAACGGCAAUUUCCAGUUGUUACUACUUUCAUGUCUUCGAAGCCUUUGAAAGGGCGCACCUCGCUCCUAUUAUACCUCCUUCUUCUACAGUUGGACGCUGCAGCAGCUUACGCAGCGAUUUCCGCAUCAGAUGUUUAAGUGCGGUGAGGAUGACAGCGGUCGCAGGUUAAGGAUCAAGUUCAAGUACUUUUCCGACUACUGCAAGGUGCAGCGUGACGACUCCCCGAUCUACCUCUUCCAGUCCGCUUUGCAGGAAGAAGCUGGCAGCUCAACGCUGUUAGACGACUAUUGGGUUCCAGACGUGAUGCCGUUUGAUCUCUUCAAUUUGGUAGGGAGAGACAAAAAACCGCCAUAUCGCUGGUUCUGCAUUGGCCCGAAGCGGAGUGGCACUACUGUGCACAAAGACCCACUGGGAACGAGCGCGUGGAACGCGGUGGUCACUGGCGCCAAGAGGUGGGUGCUUUUCGAACCAGAAGUGUCGAAAAAACUAGUCAAAGGGAAGGAGCACAGGCUUAAGCACGAAGACGACGAGGCAAUCGAUUGGUUCGCCAACAUUCUUCCGAGAAUAAAGGACCAAAUCAUGUUGGAGAAUCUAGACGUCAAGGUCUACGAAGAAGUGCAAGAACGCGGAGAGUUAUGACUGUAAAACUUGAACUUCUACACAGGAGUACCAGUACUCGACCCAAAUUUUUUCAACGUUCUUAGAAGAAAUCGCAGAUUAUAAUGCGUAGCUCAUGUUGAUCUGUUGCAGUUCGUUGCUUUUUUUUCACCUUUUCGGUUUGUCCCACUUCCACCCUACACGACGACGACUACUAACGUUUUUGACCUCCUCCUUCGAGCUGCUCUAGUACUCCUCUCGUCUCUAACGGUUGUGAUCUUCGUUCCCGCAAACUGGUGGCACGGUGUGGUCAACCUAGACGACAGCAUAGCGAUCACGCAGAAUUUCGCAGGUUACGCAGAGUUUGAUGAUGUGUGGAAGGCGACUAGAAAACAGAGGAAGAUGCUGGCGACCAGGUGGCUUCGGAAUCUGAAGAGGUUCAGACCAGAAUGCUAUGACCGCGCAAAAUACCUGGACCAGAAAUAUCCAGUUGAGGAUGAUGAUGUACUUUUUUUUUCUGAGUAGUUUGAUAGAUAAUGAUCAUAGUCGGUCUUGACUCUUUUCUAUCUUACUCUGGUCUUUCUUUUUGCUAGUUAGGUCGGCUCCACCACAAUCAUAGUCUGUCUUGACUGUAGUAACUUACUAGUUCAAAGAGCACAAGCACAAGUAAGAAUCACAAUCAUCCUUGAGUAACCGUAACGUAGUUCAAAGAGCACCACAAGUAAGAAUCACUACAAUCAGGCUUCAGUUGUAUGGUUCUGGUAUUUGGUAACCUGAAUUUGAUCCUAAGGGUUUUCUUCUUUUUUUCCCUUAUGAUCAAACUCAGGUUACCAAAUACCGGAACCCUUCAUCAGUAACGUUGACCUUACUAAAGAAUCUCUCCUCCAUCAUCACAGAGUCUCUCCUCGAGUUCGAGUUCCUCGUCUUCUAGUUCGUCCGACGACGACAGCGACAUUGAGUUUCAGGGAGUGCAAGGGCUAGAGAAAUUUCGGCCUCCUUGGGUCUCCGAAGACCGAUUCCCCGAUUUUCAGAAGGACUUGACGAAACGCACUGCGAGAUCCCAACGAGAGAUGGAAAGACGAGCGUCUCAGCAUGAGAGGGAACGAGCAGAGCAGGUGGCGAAAUGGAGACACAAGUUGUCGUCUGAAAAUAGGCAAGACAAGAACCACGACGAGGUUGUGAGGUACACACCGACAUCUAGAACAUCUUCUUGUUCUGCUGGUGAGGAAAAAAGAAUGAUCACAUCUUCAAACGGGCAAUUAUAUCAUGAGGGACAGCACCAACAAGAAAAGCGAAGCCCGUCUUGUUCCUCAUCUAGAAGUAGUAGAUCGCGGAGUAGAUCGCAAAAAUACGAUUUCAAAGCAAAACUAGGAGCCAUGCGAUUCGAAGAAGACGAUCGACAAAGCGAGGAUAAAAACACUGGCGUUGAACCUAUGAGAAUGUAAAAAAAAUGUUAUUCCACAAGAACUACUUGUUGAAGGAAGUUUUAUUCGCAAGUUGUCAGGAUGUUUCACUCUGGGAUAUGUGUUGUACCUUGUUCCUUAUUCUUAGCGGCCCCAAUGCUCGGUAAACUCGUUGCUUUUGAGUUAUUGAAUUUGGAAUUAUGAUGUUGAGCUUCAAACUCUGUUCGAGCUGAAUUAGUUUGAGGUCGUUCUACCGGAGGCUAUUCCGCCCGAUGAAGCACUUAUCAUCUUCUAUGCAAAUUAAGAUAUCUCCUGAAUUGAAUAUACUUAGCAAAAUGCACGACUGGGAACCGUUUCUCUGUAACAUAAAAUUAUGUGGAAAAGAAUCAGAACCUAGUCUUAGUAUACUCAACCCCUUCGAAUUCGAUCUCCAACACAUGUCUCCCUGUCCCUUGCAACAACUGUUUGUUAGUCAUCGUCCCCAUUGUAAUGUAGUACCGCAUCGCGGUCGUCUGCUAGGAAGUAAGAGAACAAGAACAUCAAAUACUUGGAUAAGACUCCUCGUGUCCUCAGACUCAGAGUCAGCCUUAUUUCCCGAUGCGCAUCCUUCUUCCUUAGAACAAGCGCAAGAAGUCUCUCGGCUCGUAUAAUUCAGACAGUGUAAUAAACUCCAACUGUGCACACGACGAGUCAGCAAGCAAGGAAGAUACCAUCCCCC